AGACUGAAAGGUGACUUGGAUAGGCUGGGUGAGUGGGCAAAUGUUUGGCAGAUGCAGUAUAAUGUGGAUAAAUGUGAGGUUAUCCAUUUUGGUGGCAAAAACAGGAAAGCAGACUAUUAUCUAAAUGGUGGCCGACUAGGAAAAGGGGAGAUGCAGCGAGACCUGGGUGUCAUGGUACACCAGUCACUGAAAGUAGGCAUGCAGGUGCAGCAGGCAGUGAAGAAAGCGAAUGGUAUGUUAGCUUUCAUAGCAAAAGGAUUUGAGUAUAGGAGCAGGGAGGUUCUACUGCAGUUGUACAGGGUUUUGGUGAGACCACACCUGGAGUAUUGCGUACAAUUUUGGUCUCCAAAUCUGAGGAAGGACAUUAUUGCCAUAGAGGGAGUGCAGAGAAGGUUCACCAGACUGAUUCCUGGGAUGUCAGGACUUUCACAUGAAGAAAGACUGGAUAGACUUGGUUUAUACUCUCUAGAAUUUACGAGAUUGAGAGGGGAUCUUAUAGAAACUUACAAAAUUCUUAAGGGGUUGGACAGGCUAGAUGCAGGAAGAUUGCUCCCGAUGUUGGGGAAGUCCAGGACAAGGGGUCACAGCUUAAGGAUAAGGGGGAAAUCCUUUAAAACUGAGAUGAGAAGAACUUUUUUCACACAGAGAGUGGUGAAUCUCCGGAACUCUCUGCCACAGAGGGUAGUCGAGGCCAGUUCAUUGGCUAUAUUUAAGAGGGAAUUAGAUGUGGCCCUUGUGGCUAAGGGGAUCAGAGGGUAUUGAGAGAAGGCAGGUACGGGAUACUGAGUUGGAUGAUCAGCCAUGAUCAUAUUGAAUGGCGGUGCAGUGUCGAAGGGCCGAAUGGCCUACUCCUGCACCUAAUUUCUAUGUUUCUAUGUUUCUAUACACACAGGUGCCCUUAUGCUGACAGAAACACACGGAUAGACUCAGACUGGCACAGACUGACUGACAGAUAGACAGACAGACGCAGUGGGUCGGCCUAUAUUUCUCCACAGCCACAUCCAGCAUGUAGGAGGAUUGCUGCAGCGUCUCAGGGACUCUGUCUGUGGGGCCGGUUGACACCUGGAGGCUGGGCGUUGAGCGUGUGCAGGGAGCCCCAGGUUGGAGCACAGACGGCUCCGCCUGUCAGCGUGGGGAGGGCGGCGUUAGUUAGUUAGUUACUGCCCUCGAUGUGCCGGCUGCCCUUUGACGCAGGACUGCUGCUGGAAGCUGGAAGCUGGAAUUAAAUAAUGAAUUGGCGAGAUCACGUGAAGCGUCGCUCUGAAAAUUCAAUUUGCUGGCGAGACUAGAUCGCCUCUCUCAAACUCCCCAGCCCAGCGGCCCCCGAGACCGCCCGCAGAGAGGGAGACCGUUGCUGAAACAAGCCCCGUGGUGAACGAUUCGGGGGUUCUCUGAAGAAGUUGCAGUGCGGAGAAACAGGCAGGAGACCAAGGUAUUGAAACGCCCCAAACUGCAGAGAUUGUGGAGAACACAGUCACAGAUUCGAGGAGUUUCCGUCAGCCGUCAUUCACGGACCCAGCACUAUGUUCCGCGUGUCCUGGCCCACAGCCCUGUGAGCGGCUGGAUGGUCUCUCCUUAACAUUCUAUUCUCCACAAGACCCCUCCGUCCCACUGUGACCCACAAGUAGCGGCUGCAGCCCCCCCCCCUCUUGUUACGAUGAGUGGCUUCCUCUCGUACCUGGACCCCCGGCGGGUGCACUGGGGCGCCACAUGGGUGGCGUUGCAUUCCCGCAUCCUCCGCACCAAGCCGGUGGAAUCCAUGCUGGAAGACUCCACCCAGCACGGAGCGGGCCACUCCAGGCUGGCCCAGGUGCUCACCACCGUGGACCUGGUUUCUCUGGGCGUGGGCAGCUGUGUGGGCACUGGCAUGUACGUCGUCUCGGGCCUGGUGGCCAAGGAGAUGGCAGGACCUGGAGUCAUUGUCUCCUUUAUCAUCGCGGCAGUGGCCUCCAUCUUAUCAGGUGUGUGCUAUGCUGAGUUUGGAGUGCGGGUGCCCAAGACAACCGGAUCGGCCUACACCUACAGCUAUGUGACGGUGGGGGAAUUUGUGGCCUUUUUCAUCGGUUGGAACCUGAUUCUGGAGUACCUCAUCGGCACGGCGGCUGGAGCCAGCGCUCUGAGCAGCAUGUUUGACUCACUGGCCAACCACACCAUCAGUCAUUGGAUAGUGGAUGACGUGGGCACGUUGAAUGGGCUGGGGAAAGGAGAGGAGUCCUAUCCUGACAUCCUGGCCAUGUUCAUCGCGGUCAUCGUGACCGCCAUCGUUUCGCUGGGAGUGAAGAAUUCUGUGGGCUUCAACAAUGUGCUGAACAUCAUCAACCUGGCCGCCUGGGUCUUCAUCAUGUUCUCCGGCCUUUUCUUCGUCGACAGCGCCAACUGGGAUGGAGGCAGGUUCCUGCCGUUUGGGUGGUCGGGGGUACUGCAGGGAGCGGCCACGUGCUUCUACGCAUUCAUCGGGUUCGAUAUCAUCGCCACGACUGGAGAGGAAGCAAAGAAUCCGAAUACUUCCAUCCCUUAUGCUAUCACUGCCUCCCUCGUGAUCUGCCUGACUGCAUAUGUGUCGGUCAGUGUGAUCCUGACACUGAUGGUGCCUUACUACGCCAUCGACACUGAAUCGCCGCUGAUGGAGAUGUUUGUGCUUCAUGGGUUUCACGCGGCCAAGUACAUCGUGGCUAUUGGAUCAGUGGCGGGCUUGACGGUCAGUCUGCUGGGUUCCCUCUUCCCGAUGCCCAGGAUAAUUUACGCAAUGGCUGACGACGGUCUACUAUUCAGGUUUUUAGCUCACGUCAGUGCCUACACGGAGACGCCGGUUGUGGCCUGCAUCGUUUCGGGCUUCCUGGCAGGGCUGCUGUCCUUGCUGGUCAGCCUGCGAGACCUGAUUGAGAUGAUGUCCAUCGGGACGCUGCUGGCCUACACCCUGGUGUCGGUGUGCGUCUUGCUACUGCGCUACCAGCCCGAGAGCGACAUCGACGGCUUCGUCAAGUUCCUGUCGGAGGAAGGCACCAAGAAGAAGGAGGGAGUUCUGGCCGAGUGCGAGAAGGAGGCCGCCUCUCCGGUCAGCGAGGGCGAGGACUACUCCGACCCGGACAAGAACACGUGCGGGGCCAAGAACCUGCCCUCCCUGGGGGACAACGAGAUGCUGAUCGGAAAAGCAGACAAGUCAAGUUACGGCGUGAGCCACCCCAACUACGGCACGGUGGACAUGAGUUCGGGGAUUGAGGCAGACAGUUCGGAGAACAUCUAUUUAAUAAAGCUGAAGAAGCUGAUCGGACCUCGCUACUAUACCAUGAGGAUCCGACUAGGGCUGCCGGGCAAGAUGGACCGUCCCACCAUCGUCACCGGCCGCACCGUCACCACCUGCGUGCUGCUGCUCUUCGUCCUCUCCUUUGUCUUCUGCUCCUUCGUGAUCUUCGGUGAGGAGUACAUCUACGAGCAGUGCUGGUGGGCCAUCCUCCUGGUCAUCCUCAUGGUGCUGCUGAUCUGCUCCCUGGUCUUUGUCAUCCUGCAGCAGCCCGAGAACCCCAAGAAGCUGCCGUACAUGGCUCCCUGCGUCCCCUUCGUGCCCGUCUUUGCCAUGUUGGUCAAUAUGUAUCUCAUGCUGAAGCUCUCCAGCAUCACAUGGAUCCGCUUCGCUGUCUGGUGCUUUGUGGGUUUACUGAUUUAUUUUGGCUACGGGAUCUGGAACAGCAGCCUGGAGAUUGGGGCUCAACAGGAAGCUCUGAGUCAGAGUACGUACCAGCGUUACGACGUGGAUGACAGUCUUGCUUGCCCGGAGGAGGAGGGCAGCGAGUGGAAGGAGGAAUGGCCACCCUCCAAUCAGACGGGCUACCAAUCUCAGCAGGCAAUGCCCGACAUAGUGGGCAACCACAGGACCUACAACAGUAAAGCCAAAAGCAAAGGGAAGUAUGUCAAGACCUCAGAAACACUGAUUGCAAAUGAUGAGCUUGAUUAUCCCCCCGAGUAGCAGACCCUGACCCCUCAGACCCUUGGACUAGUAUCAUGGAUGUGAUCUCUCCUUUAAUAAACAUCUUGCAGUGGUGUGGCUUUAAAAAGGCAAUAUGCAGUUUAUUUUAGGCUUCACAAUGUUGACUUAUUAAAGGGGCCCCGUUUUCAACAAUAAAUGUUUGGCAAACAUUUAAACUAAUCAGAAGUAAAGACAUUUUGGACGGCACAGUGGCGCAGCGGGUAGAGCUGCUGCCUCACAGUGGCGGUGACCUGGGGUUGAUCCUGACCUCAGGUGGAGUUUGCACAUUCUUACUGUGACCGCGUGGGUUUCCUCCGGGUGCUCCGGUUUCCUCCCACGUCCCAAAGACGUGCGGGUUUUCAGGCUAAUUGCCCACUGUAAAUUUUCCCUGGGGUAACGAAGUGGGAUAGCAUAGCACAAGUGUGAACGGGUGAUCGAUAUUCGGCUUGGACACGGUGCGUCAAAGGGCCUGUUUCCAUACUGUUUCUUUCAGUCGAUCGAUCAACUACAGCUGAUUUUUAGCGAUUAUAGUUUCACCUGAAGCAGAUCUUUCCAAGUGACUCCUAUUGUCCCAGAUGCUCCAUGUAUACAGAAAAUUCAUGUUGAAAUUUGCCAGAUAUUUAACACAGUGCCCCUUUAAUCAGCAAGUCAAGGCAACAAGAAAACUCUACUCAAUACACUCCAGUCAUCUGACAUUUGACAACAAGGUCUGAUUGUGAAGUGUCUAGAACCAGAGGGCACAGGGCACAGCCUGAGAAUAAAAGGACGCACCUUUAGAAAGGAGAUGAGGAGGAAUUUCUUCAGUCGGAGGGUUAUGAAUGUGUGGAAUUCAUUGCCACAGAUGGUGGUGGAGACCAAAUCAUUGGUUGUCUUUAAAGUGGAGAAUGAUAGGUUUUUCAUUAGUAAGGGUGUCAAAGGUUACGGGGGGAAGAGAGGAGAAUGUGUUGAGAGGAAAAAAUAGAUCAGUCAUGAUUGAAUGGUGAAAUAGACUUGAUUUGCCAAGUGGCCUAAUUUUGCUCCUUAUUAUCAUGCCAUUAUGUCUUAUGGCCUUAUGAUUAUAGGCCAUAAUAUCACUUAAUGGCACAAAACGUACUAUAAUGCUCAGGUGUAAAGGAUGGGGAUAUCCGACUGAGUGCAUGAUGGGACAGACACUGUGGUUUGAAAUAUUUGGGAAUUUGAUGGUAUAAUGUUAAUCUUCACGUUAGGUAUGUUUAUAUUUACAUGAACUCUCGGUGUGUGGGAAAGAGUAAGAGUCCAGAAGCGAUGAGCUCAAGGCCAGUUGGUGUCGAGGAAAACGACUUUAACCAGGGCUUGGAGGAAAAUUAGAAGGUGUAUAAUUAGUGAGGAGUCGCUGUAAAGGCGAUCAAAGCAACUGUGACACCAAGUCACCCACAGCUGAAUAAACUGGUCGAACAUCUGACCACCUUGAGAGGAACAAGAUAAGGAAAGGUUGAUAAUGUGCAGUGCAUUCAGUCACCAAGUCUGCGUUCACUGCCCUUGCUUCCAAUGCCUCUCACUGAUUGAUUCGAGAACAGCUUUCACAUUUGUUUCUUAAACAAAUUCUUCUUGGUGGUAGUAAUGCUUGAUGCUCGUUAUCUCAGAGCUGCACAGCUAUAAAUUAUUUCUGUGAAUGAAAGAUUUGUGGCUCGCUGAGUGAAUGUUUUGGACCUUUUUCUGGUUUUUGAACAAAGUUUUUGCCCAGCCGGCUAACCUGAGCAACACUUGACUUCCUUUAGAAAUUAGGAUACAGAUAUAGCCAGGAAGUCCAAUUGAUUCAUUUCCUUUCUUUCACAUAACUUACACAACUAAAGAUCUAUGUGUCUAUUUUUAAGACUCAUUAUUUAUGUAACAAAGUAAUGUUUAUUUACAAAAUGGGGGAAAAAAGGAGCUGGGAAUCUUAAAACAAGCUCCCAAAAAUAAUGUACAUUUAACUCUGAAGAAGUAAAAUGAGUUUCGUCAUCUUGGCCUUCAGGUAGAUGUACAGCAGGGAAACAGGUCCUUCGGCCCAAUUUGUCCAUGCUGACCAAGAUGCCCCAUCUAGGCUUGCCUGUGUUUGACCCAUAUCCCUUGAAACCUUUCAAACAUGUUCUUAUUCUGAAUAGUUUACAUCAAUAAAACCAUAUUGCUUUCUCGCUGGGUUUAUUUAUAAUUACAAAGGUACUUGUUUCUAUAGAGAUGGUAUCUUAGGAAAUAAUAAGAUUAUAGAAUGCUCAAGGCAUAGAAGAAGUAAAGGAGACUGAGGUAUAGAGGUGUAUAAAAUCACGAGGGGAAUAGAUGGGUGAAUGCCCAGAGUCUUUUACCCAGGGUAGGGAAAUCAAGAACUAGGGGACAUAGGUUUAAGGUGAUAGGGAAAAGACUUAAUAGGAACUUGAGGGGCAACUUUUCACACAGAGGGUGAUGGGUGUAUGAAAUGAGCUGCCAAAGGAGGUGGUUGUGGCAAGGACGAUAACAAUAUUUAACAGACAUUUGGUCAGAUGGUGUCGGAACGUGGUAACUCUCUGCGUGCUGUUCCAGAAGAGGAUUUAUUGGACUCCUGUAUAGUAUGAUUUGACUGGAUAAUACGCAGAACAAGCAUUUGACUGUAUCUCACGACACGUGACAGUGUAUAGAGAUACCAGUGAACCAGGUAUAUGGAUAGGCCCAUUGGUCUGAAGAAGGGUCCCAACCCAAAACGCCACCUAUCCAUGUUCUCCAGAGAUCCGUUGAGUUAUUCCAGCAUUUUGUAUCAUUUUUAUUUUACAUGGACAGGAUAGGUUGAAAGGGAUAUGGGCCAAAUGCGGACAGGUGGGACAAGUGUAGAUGGGGCAUCUUGGUCAGUAUGGACGAGUUGGGCCCAAGGGCCUGUUUCUGUGCUGUAUGACUCUACAAUUCUAUAUUUGGCCCAUUGGGUCUUUAGAGAUUAAUUGAGUCAGUUCCAUUCCUUCCCUCUUCCCACAAAGUCCAGGAACUUAUUUUCCUUGAAAUUCCUAUCAAAUUCUCCUCUGUGUGCACAGAAUGAUCCUCCAUGGGCAGUGUGUUCCUGAUUCAAACACUCAACCUGCCAAAGAGGUCUUCCUCACAUCUCCCUCGCUUCCUUUGCUUGCUCUUUAAACCAGUGCCUGCUAGUUCUAAACAUUGCUUAAUGGGAAUAAUGUAUCCAUUUCUAAAUCAUGCACAAUGAUAAAUCACUUCUCAACCAGCCCUGCAUCAAAGAGAGGGAUCCCAGCUUCCAGUCUGAAUUUGUUAGUUGAAACUGGUCAACCCCACGCCCACUGCAGUCAAUCUGCACCAUAUUCAGAUCCUUCAGGACGAAUGUCUACCAGUCACCAUCAAUAGCACUGUACACCAUGUUGGUUGACUGAAGGAAUCUUGAAUGAUCACCAAUGUUCGUCCUUGAUGUUGGAUACCAUUGGUGUAAAUCAGGAGAGAUGGGACCGUUAGUAAAAUAGAUUGGCAAAGGAAUAUUGAUUGAGGAAUUAUUGAAACAGGUUUUCCCUCUCAAAUUGCCUUUAGGUCUCUGAAGCAAUUUAUUGGAAGAUAUUUCUCCUUUAAUUUGCAUCUUAGCUUUAAGGUGAGAGGGGCAAAGUUUAACGACGUGUGGGGCAAGUGUAUUUUUGCACAGAUGAUGGUUGGUGUGUGCCUGGAUUGCACUGCCACGGGUGGUGGUGGCUGCAGAUAAGAUUGGAAAUGGACAUGGAUAUACAGGGAAUGGAAAAAUAUGGAUUAUGGGUAGGUAGGUAACAGGGUAUUGGCAUCAUGUUCAACAUGAACAUUGUGGACCGAAGGACUUGCUCUUGCUCUGCACUGUGUUCUAUGUUCUAUGUUCUGUAUUGCCCUGCCUAUCUAUGGGAGGAAUACUAUCCGGACAACUGGCAUGAAACCCUGUCUGUUUUUCUUUGAUUUUUCUAUCCAUCUGAUUGAGCAGAAAGGAUUUCAGUGCAAAAUUUCAUCUGCGAUGCAAUAAUCCUGGCAGUAUGGUUCACCUGCAGUACUGCACUGUAAGCAUUCAGAAAAGACUUCUUAGAUAAGGUGAAUACACAGAGUCUUCUACUCAUAGUAGGGGAAUCAAGAACUAGGGGGCACAGAUUUAAAGUGAGAGGAAAAGAUUUAAUAGGAACCUGAGGGACACCUCUUUCACGCAGAGGGUGGUGGAUAUAUGGAAUGAGCUGCCAGAGGAGGUAGUUGAAGCAGAUUAAACAAUAAAGACAGCAAAAUUGAAAAGACACAAAAUGGUGAAGAAACUCAGCAGGUCAGGCAGCAUCUCUGGAGAAAAGAAAUAGGUAACAUUUUGGGACAAGGCCCUUCAUCAGACCUGUUCAAAUGAAGGGUCUUGAUCCUAAACAUUACCAAUUCCUGUUCUCAAGAGAUGCUGCCUGACUCACUGAGUUACUCCAGCAAUUUGUGUCUAUCUUUGUUGUAAACCAACAUCUACAGUUCCUUCUUACACCAUGUUUAAAAGACAUCUGAUCAGGUAUAUGGAUAGGAAAGGUUUAGAGGGAUAUGAGCCAAAUAUAAGCAAAUGGUUGACUUGGACGUUAGGCCAAAGGUCUUGUUUCAGUAGAAUCAAAGAACUGCUGAUGCUGGUUUAUAUCAAAUAUUGACGCAAAGCGUUUGAAUAAUUCAACGUGUCAGGCAACAUCUCUGGAGAAAAAGGCUAUGUAACAUUUCAGGAAGGAAGGAGGAGCCUGAAGAAGGGUCCCGACCCGAAAUGUCACUCAUUCUGUCUCUCCAGAAAUGCUGCCUGACCCGCUGAGUUACUGUGUCAGGUGAGAAUGGGUCACACUGACAUAGAAACAUAGAAACAUAGAAAUUAGGUGCAGGAGUAGGCCAUUCGGCCCUUCGAGCCUGCACCGCCAUUCAAUAUGAUCAUGGCUGAUCAUCCAACUCAGUAUCCCGUACCUGCCUUCUCUCCAUACC